UUAGUGUUUAUUUUUGUCUCUUCGUGAAACCAAAAAACAAAUUGAUUAGGAGAUAUAAUCAAGUGGACAUAUUUGUUUCAAUUAUCAUUCAAGUCUGGCCGAAAUGAUUCAACAUAUUGUAGUAGUCUUCACUUUCGCCCAGUUGGGCCUUGUGUUCGGUGCUUGUCCCGCCAUCAUCACGAGGGCUCAGUGGGGGGCCAGACAGCCAUCCAGCACCCCAACACACAUUAAUGGAGCCGUCCACUACUCCUUCAUCCACCACUCAGCUGGGGCGGAGUGCCACGACAGGGCGACAUGUCAAGCUCAGGUGAAGAGUUUCCAGAACUAUCACAUGGAUACACACGGUUGGUCUGACAUUGGUUACAGCUUCAUCAUCGGCGGAGAUGGCUCCGUUUUUGAGGGACGUGGAUGGAACGUUGUCGGCGCCCACACUCAAGGCUACAACAGUGUCGGACACGGUUUCUGCUUCAUUGGCACCUUCACAAGUAAGGUCCCCACCGCUGCUGCCCAGCAAGCUGUGAAGGAUCUGAUUGCUUGCGGUGUCUCCCAGGGACACAUCCAGGCCAACUACGUCUUGAGGGGUCACCGUGACAUGGGUACCACCGAAUGUCCAGGAACGGCCUUCUACAAUCUCAUUAAGACCUGGCCACAUUAUUAAUAAACUCUUCAUGGAUUGAA